AUGAUCCUCAUCAUCUUAAUCAUCAUGUCUUCACCACUCAACAAGUGUACUCACCCUAAUUUAUUGCUGUUACAGAUCCGAAAACCUCUGGUGGAGAAGCUCCGUCGCGAGCGGAUCAACAGCUGCAUCGAACAGCUGAAGUCUCUCCUGGCUUCAGAGUUCCUCCAGCAACAGCCAGACUCCAAGAUGGAGAAGGCCGACGUUCUGGAGAUGACUGUUUGCGUCCUCAGGAGACUCCGAGCAAGCUCUGGAGCAGGGAUGCACUUUGGAGCGUCCUGUGAGAAGAAGAUGAUUCCUCUCAGUAGCGUCAGGAAGAAGGAGAACUCGGUCAAGAGCGCCCCCUGGAGGCCGUGGUAGACACGACGACUCUUUCAAGUGAACUUGGCGUGGAUUUGUCAUGCGUGAUGCAUGAAUCGCAUCUCAUUGCAUUUGCAAUGACGCACUUUUCAUAUUUUUUAUGUAUGAAAACGAUGACAAAUUAUGUUAAUUUGUCAUGUUAUUGGUCCUAUUGGGCACGUUUUUGUUUUGUUGAUUCACUUCCAAUGGAAGUACAUGGAAGUAACGGCAUUAAUUUGCAAUACAUGUUGUAUGAGCAGUAUGAUUGCUUUGG